AUGCAAAAUAUGUAAUAUAAUUUAGAAUCCUUUGCUUAUGAAUUAAUUCCAAAGAUGACUAGAAAAAAUCAAUUUUGUUCUGCUAUUGCAAUAAAUCAAAAUAAUAAGAUUGUAAUAGUAGAAGAGAGAGGUAAAAUAAAAGUAUUCAACUUAAGUAAUGAAGCAUUAAAAUUAAUUCAAAUAAUUUAACUUUUUGGAUAUUCAAUUAACACCAUAAACUUCUUCAAAUAAUAAUAAUUUAUUGUCAUAGCUUCAUGUAUGGGUGAUAUUAUCUUUCGAUCCUCAAUUCUCUAAUCAAAUUAAAAAUUUCUAAUGAAAAUAAAAGAUAAUAUUACAUCAAUUAAUUGUCUAUUGUUGAACUCUCCUUAAGAAGAUCUUAUCAUAACUGGAUCAAAUGACUAUGCAAUUAGAUUUUAUCAAUCCAAAUAAUUAUCUUCUAUGUGUUGGAAAUGCUCAUAAACUAUAACAGAGCAUCUUAAUAAAGUUUAAGGAUUAUCAUUAAAUCAAGAAGGAACAAAAUUAAUCUCUUGUGGAUCUGAUCUUAAAAUCAUAAUCAUGGAAGGUUCAAAUAAAAACAAAUGGAUAGUGAAAUAAAAAAUAUAGACAGAAUCAAUUGGAUUUAGAAUUAAUUUUAUUACUAAUGAUACUUUUAUCUUUUAAGAAAAAUCAUAUUAUCUACUUAGUUAUUAUAUAUUCAAUUCUAAAUAAGGUUAAUUUUAUCGUUAUAGGAAAUUUUAAGUUGAAGGCAGUCAAUAAUCUUGCUAUAACUUAUUUCCAGCCAUUUAUCUCAAUUAAAAAUAGCUCCUUCUUUUAAAAAAUGGAAAAUAUUUGAAUUUAAUAAGAUUUAUAAAUUCUCCUUCAGGGUCUUAAGAUUUUGAAUUCACUCUUAUAUAAACAAUACAUUUUGAUACAGGUUAGAUAUUUGGAACUUUAAGUGAAGAUGGACAAUUUUUAAUAACUUGGGAUCAUAAUUCAUAUGAGAUACAAGUGAGAAAGCCAAAGAAAAUAGUAUGA